AGUCAUAAACAAUCGGCUUUUUUGGUUCAUUAAUAUUAGGAUAAGAUAUUUCGUAAUAUAUAUUAUAAUUUCUCUUUUCAUUUUAAUUACAUUGUACUAGUCAUUUUUAUAAACAUUUAUCUCGAAUAACCACAGUAAAUAGUGCAAGUAUUGACAUUAUCGAUUAAUGCGAUCAAGGACGGAAAUUAACCCCAUGUUAUCUUAAUGCAACAUCCACGGAUAUAUAUAUAAUGACAUGAGUAAACCAUUCUUCACAUGGAAUUGUAAAGAACAAACCGGAUCUCUAUAGUUAAUAAUUUUAAAUUUUUUCUCUUCAAUUUCUUUUCUCUACUAUUCAGCUACAAAAGCAUUCAUCAAAAAUGAGUAUACCUCCUCCAAAUAUUGUUGAUUUUGAAAUAAAGGAGACCUUGUUAUGUGGACCUGGACCCUGCAACUUGUGGCCAUCGGUCCGUGAAGCUCUAACCAAACCCAUUAUUUCACCAUUGUGUGAUGAAUACUUUAAAGCUCUAGAUGACAUUCGCGCUGGAAUUAAAUAUGUGUUUCAAACUAAGAGUAAUCUGGUGCUGGCUAUUAGUGGAUCAGGUCACUCAGGCAUGGAGACAGUGAUCACAAACCUCGUCGGUCCCGAAGAAACCUUGCUUAUUGCCACCAGAGGCAUCUGGGACGAACGCGCAUACAACGUUGCUAAUAGAUAUGGUAUCAAGAUAAUUGUGCAUCGAAUAGCCCAUAACACCACAUUUACAUUGGAAGAACUUGAAAGACAAGUGGAGUUAUAUCGGCCGACAGCACUGUUCAUCACCCACGGCGAUUCAUCUACAGGAACCGUGCAAAAACUUGAGGGUCUCGGCGAUAUCUGUCACAAAUACGGUACACUACUGCUGGUGGAUACAGUGGUGUCUCUCGGUGGGGUCCCUUUCUUCAUGGACGCAUGGGGAGUGGACGCCGUGUACUCAUCCACGCAGAAAGCAUUGAGCGGCCCAGCUGGUAUAUCACCGGUUGCAUUCAGCGCCAGAGCCGCGGAGAAAAUAAAGAAUAGUAAGCAUAAGAUGCCGUUCUAUUUCGACAUCACUUUGUUGGCCGAACAGUGGAAUUGUUAUGGGAAUACACGAUAUUAUCAUCACACGAUGUCGCCUCCCCUUGUAUGGGCGCUGCGAGAAUGUCUUCGGCAGCUAAGCAUAGAGACAUUAGAGAAGUCAUGGGAGAGACACGCAAAGACAACCAGACACUUCCACGAGCGCGUCCAACGCCUUCCUCUAGAGUUUUUCGUACCGAACCCUGAACACCGCCUUGCAACCGUUACUACUUUAGCACUACCAAAAGGCUACAACUAUGACGAUGUCAUCAAAUAUGUUGAAGAAAAGCAUAAAAUCACAAUUUUCCCAGGACGAGGACCGACGGCUGAUAAGUCCUUGCGCAUUGGCAUCAUGGGUGUGAACUCAACUGGUGCGGUUGCGGACGCUCUCGCUGACGCUUUGGCAGAUGCUCUACAAGCUUUAGUUAAGUCAUCUCUAUAAUGUACCAAUAAAGUUACCGAUAUAUUUUAAUUGCACAUAAGGUAAUAUUGACAAAGUAAAGAUAAGAUAACUGAAGUAAUAAAUUCGUUGAAUGUUAGGAAAAUAAUUACGUAUCCUUUUUUCUGAUUUGACAUUAGGUAUUAAGUAUUAAAUAAAG